UGUCAUGCGCCGCCUAGACAAUACGCUCGUGAACAGCCGCAACAUUCUCGAACCUGACUGGCCAGUUCACCAGAGGCAAAGGCGGAAAUAGGAAGAGGGAUUAUGCGGCCGUAAACACUGAUCUAAAAGACAUCAUCUGAUUGAUUGAAUGAAUGGAUCAUGUGAGAACGGCCAGGGCCAGUUGCUGUGGAAACGUGAAUGGUGUCAACUCUUUUCGUGAUGGAAGAAAUUCAACAAAGAAAAAUGUCCCAUAACCAUGGGCUAGAGCUGAAUCUUCGCCAUCAUUAAACCAGAGGGCCAGUCAGUGGAUGGUUCAGGAGGACAACGCCUAGCCUGGCCACCCCAGCCACAUGAUGCUCCAACAGGCAGGCUCUGUGCAGCUUCUCUGCCUCACUGCCAACAGUGGGGUUCCUCUCUUCACCCGGGGGGCCUCUAAGCAACUCCCCUUCUCCAUCAUCGGCUCCCUGAACGGUGUGCACAUGUUCGGAGCUGGCCAGGGGGUGGUGCUGGCUGGCUGUGAGACUGAUCGUGGAGGCCGGAUGGUGUGGAGGGUAUUUCAGGACAGCGUGAUGCUCAUAGCAGUGAGCAGCGGUAGGCAGGCCCAGCAGGAAGGUGGUGGUGCAGGUGAAGAAGACCUCCACCUGCGGCGCCUGCUGGAGAACGUGUGGAACUGCAUGGUGCUGGUGCUGGGGCAGGAUGAGCUGGCCAGCUUGAGGAACGUGGAGCGGCUGAAGAGGGACCUGCGCUCCUGCUACCGCCUCAUCGACCAGCUCCUGGAGGGGGGACAAGGACAGGAGGGCAUUAUGGGGGACCUGACGCAUUGCGCGGACUGCCUGCUGCCCCCCAAUGCCACCCUGCUUCAGGAGGGCCUAGACGGCUUUACCCAGGCAGCAGAUAGCGAGUUUGGCUGCCUGAUGGUCCACGGACGGAUAGCCACUGCCACGGAAAAAUGGUGGCGUCUGGCGCCACAGGAAGUGGUUCUCCUAUCCGUUCUGACCCGCUCUCUCUCCCUCUCAGGCUCUGCGUCCUGUGACACCCCUGUCUUCCUGCCCCAGGGCAGCCCCACCGUGGCACAUCGCCUUCUCCGCUUCCAGCUGCUUCCGGGAGUGGAUGUGUGCGUGCUGUGCGGCCCCAGUCCCACCCUGCACAGGGCUGAGAGCGAGCUGGUGGGUUGUUUCUGGUCUCCUCUACUGGAGGCCCUGAGAGGCAGCCUGGCUGUGGGGGAGCGCUGCCUGCCAGGCUCUGUGACCCUCCGCCCUGAUGUCCUGGCUCUGUUGCUCAUCAACAGAGAGUCCCGUCGCUCUGUCUCCUGUGUGAAGGCCAUCAUUACUAACCCCAACCAUCCUCCCAGUGACCAUCCUCUGCCCUCCAAGGCACGCUGCUGGGAGCUGCUCAGGCUCUUCUACACUUUCACCACCACUCGCUACUUUCCUCUGGAGGAGACCCCGGCCCUGACCCCAGGGGAGAAGGCCCAACGUGGGGACUCCCUCCGGGAGGACUUUGCCCUGGGCUUCUCCCACCAGCCGCUGCAGUGCUACCUGGUGACUGAGGAGUGUAAGUGUUUUGGCCUGCAGACUGCCCAACAUCAGCUCUACCUGCUCACCCCUCUCUCAGUGCCUACCUUCGCUCUAAGCUCCGUGGCUACACAGACCCUCUCCGCCAUCACUUUAGCCACAGGAUUUUAGGCCAUAUUUUAUAAUGGGCAUGGGCACAUUGCUGUGAAACCUAGGGAUAGCAUUACACUGUUCACUAUAUGUACCACUUUCAUCAUAGACAACCAUUAUGGAGCAAGGAAUGAUCCUUUUACCUCAAUUUGAUACUCCAGAAUAUUUGUGUGUGUGUGUAUAUACAGUAUAUCACAAAAGUGAGUGCACCCCUCACAUUUUUGUGAAAAUAUUUGAGUAUUUCUUUUCAUGUGACAACACUGAAGAAAUGAUACUUUGCUACAAUGUAAAGUAGUGAGUGUACCACUGGCAACAAGAGUGAGUACACCCCUAAGUGAAAAUGUCCAAAUUGGGCCCAAUUAGCCAUUUUCCCUCCCCGGUGUCAUGUGACUCGUUAGUGUUACAAGGUCUCAGGUGUGAAUGGGGAGCAGGUGUGUUAAAUUAGGUGUCAUUGCUCUCACACGCCCUCAUACUGACUGGUCGUACAUUGUAGCAAAGUGUCAUUUCUUCAGUGUUGUCACAUGAAAAGUCAUACUCAAAUAUUUACAAAAAUGUGAGGGGUGUACUCACUUUUAUGAUAUACUGUGUUAUAUAUAUAUAUAUCACACUUGAUUGUUUUAGUGACUGCACUUGGAACUUUCAAAGUUCUUGACAUUUUCCGGAUUGACUGACCUUCAUGUCUUAAAGUAAUGAUGGACAGUUGUUUCUCUUUGCUUAUUUGAGCUGUUAUUGCCAUAAUAUGGACUAGAUAUUUGACCAAAUAGGUUUAUCUUCUGUAUACCACUGCUGUUUAACACUUUUUUUUUGGUUACUACAUGAGUCUGUGUUAUUUCAUAGUUUUGAUGUAUUCACUAUUAUUCUACAAUGUAGAAAAUAGUAAAAAUAAAGAAAAAUCCUUGAAUGAU